CAGACGCGCGUGGAGGUUGCUCCAGUCCAGCCACAAUCGAGAAAACUGCGAAAAACGCUUCAGGAGUGAAAAUUAAAUAUCAACCUAAGAUUCGAAAAUUGAAGUGUCCCACGCAAGUAGGCAAGGAAAUGGCAGCCAUCAAUGAAGAUAUAAAGCACUCCAGAGGAUGACCAUUGGGUGGAAAGUACAGGUGAAAAGUUGCAAAAAUAUAUGUGCAGAUACUGCCAGUAUACAUACAGACGCGAAGCCAAAAAGUCACACAGUGCUUUUAGGUCACACAAAAGGCUCUACCUCUACAUCCUCGCAUCGACAGCAAAUACUAGCAGCAGAAGCAGCAGCCCCAACAGCAUCGACAUUCAGCAGCAGCAGCAAACAGCCAGCAGCAGCCUGAAGUUAUUCAAGGGGAAGAAGAACCAACAAAAAUCAACGUUAAUGAACUGCAGCCACUGUGAGGUGUAAGGAAGCAUCGCUGCAAUGCCAUCCCGUCGCGCCGGCGGCGGCACAGUCAAGCGGAAGCAUUCCCUCGGCAACCUACGACGCGCACAUCCCGCCUCUGGUGCCACAUGGAAUGUGCAGGUGGUUCGGGGCAAAAUGUCCUCCAAGUGCUUGUGGCAUGCCUGUCGUGCCCUGAUCCUGGGCCUCACGUUGAUGCUUCUAGGCGCCGGCAUGGCCACCCUCGGCUACUACGCGGAUCACCUGUCGAUGGGCUCGGAGCUGCGUGGCAAUGUGACGGUGCGCGUGAAGAACGACCUGAAGGGCUUCCACCUGAAUAACUUUGCGUAUGUGGGGCCCAUUGUGAUGGGCUUUGGUGGCUUCAUUGUGGUGGCCUCCUGCGUGAUGACCUUCGAGGCACGCGACUCGGCGGCAAAGGUGGUGCCGGCACGACUGCGUGCGGGUGGAGGAGGCAGCAACAAGAAUCCAACGCGAAGUAAUCAGGGAUCAUCCGCCUCGCAGCGCCGCGGAAUGGGUGCCCAGUACCAGUCGACGCGUUGGGAUCAGCAUUUUGGUGUGUUCCGCUCAUCGCCGGGCGACCCACAUCAGCAGCCACAGGCAGCCAUACUCGCUGCCACGCAUCCGCACCAUCAGCAGCAGCAGCCCUUCGAUAGGGAAGCGCUGACCGCUGAGCUGGUGAAGUUCUCCAAGUCCCUCAGUCGCCAAUCCACACGCUUUUCGCCGCAGUUGCGUCGCCUCACCUGCACUGGAUCAGUGCCCGAUUUGUCCACCAUCCAUGCCGCUGCCUCCACCGCUCAUGCUCACGCUCAUGAUCAUGCCAAUCUCCUUGAAAACACCUCCAACGCUGCCACUAAUCACUCCAAUUUGCUCUCACUGCACCACCAACUGAUGACGAUGCCGCUGGACACGUUGCUGCUGCUGCACACGAAACGACAUCGACGCCACAACCACCGACACUCGCAUCACCAUCACCAUCACCGACAACACGCGAAACCCUCCUGCUCCGCGUCGGCAAGCAGCAGCGUAAGAAGAGUGCGCCAGGGACGUGGACCUUGGGCAGGGCCAGGGCCAGGCCCUUCUGCCCCUGCCGUUGCUGCCAGCUCCAACUCAUCGACUCGCAUCAUCAGCAACUCCUCGAGCCUCAUCCAACGCGCCACACGGGAGUGUUCGCUGCUGCAGCCCCCGGCCGCGGGCCGAGUGUACUGGCAGGCCUCCUCCUUUGAUGGACACGCCGCGAGUGUCGCCAUCUCCAGCGCGGAGAAGCGCAGCGAGCGAAACAAACGCUCGGACACGGCCAAGCGGCAUGUCCUCUCCCGACAGCGUCCCAUCGAGCAAGAGGAGGGACGCAGUCCCCUAGGCCACAGGCGCAAUUCCACCAUGUCGGACUCCUCGUACAGUGGCCGCUGGACGGCACGCUGUGCAUCGAUGGCCAGUCGCACCUCCAGCAUUGAGUCGCGGCGCGUGCAAGUGGAUUUGCACAGCCCGGAGGUGAUUCCCAAGUCGAUUUUGCGCUCACCCAAGCGCUACAGCUCUGGGCCCUCGGCCACGCCAUCAGUGGAUAAGGAUUUUCGCAGCCAAUUAUCUGUGUGCUCGGAGCCACCGCCGCCUGUGCGUCAGUUGUCGGGACAGUCGAGCAUGGAGCCCGCCGUGCCGGAGGAGAGUCUUGAACAGGCCGAGGACAGGUCCUACGAUGAGGUGCAGCAACACACGAGCAGCCUGCCACCGAAGAAGGCUCGCCCCGACUUUCUGCCACUCUCCCGCAGCGAGCAGGCGGAGAAUCAGAGCCAACAGACGGUCAAGGCGAUGGCAGCUGUCCCACUGUUUCGCAGCAACAGCUCUCGGCAGUUCUACAGGCCCAAGGGGGCGGUGGCUGGUGAGCGGGAUGACGCUGUAUACCAUGCACGUUCCAUGGAGCGGGGAUUGGCCAAGGGUACGCACAGUGCCGAUGAUCAGAUGUACGAUUCCCUCAAAGUGAUCAACGAGCGGCGCUCCACGCUGCUGAAGGCAGACUCGCAGAGUUCCCUGGGUUCCGCGGAGCGCAAGCUGAGCAGCUUCUCCCUGAAGAUGCCCGAGAUUACAGAGCGUGAGAACUCCAUAGACGUGGAGGAGCCACCUCCAACCGUAGAGGAUAUAGAGCUGGGCAAGAUCGAUCCCUAGGAUGUAGAAUCUACCGAGAGGAAUGUGUAAACAGCAGCCAUCGACAAUUACUUUAGACAAAAAUUGAUGUAUAUUUGUAUUUGUAUGUGUGUGUGUCGAUAGAUUGUAUUUAGAUAAGUGUGAUCCCACACACUCCCACUCCCACUCCCACUCCCACUUCAGCAAUCGUAGAUCGAAUGGCAGCAGCAGAAUUCCUAUUAUUACAUGCAAAAAAUGCAAACUACGUAGUCUUCCCAUUGUUAGAAUGCAUCGAGCGAGUUAUUAUUACUAUUAAUCAUUUGGAUGUUAGUUUUGCCAUCGAACCCCAACAUAGAACAGCAUCUAAAAUGUACAAUCAGCUUAUAGCAAAGACUGAUUAGGCAAAAACACAACACACAAACGACAUGCGGCAACACACUUCAUGGAAAACGAAAACAAAAAGCAAUCAAAAAUAUCUGCCAACAGUUGAAGCACUCACUCGACGGCACAUGAAUGUUUAAUACUUUAACGACUUGUUGUUGCAUUACAAUUGUACCUAAUUAUAUGUAUAUGUAUAUGUUUA